AUGGAGAACGUGUUUGACCAUUAUGAUCUGCUGGAGGUGAUGGAAGGAACGGAGAAGCGUCCCGAGAACGACCCGGAGAAGAGCUCGUGGGUGCGGAAGAGCGCACAAGGCUAUCUCCUACUUGGGCAAGCGUUGGGGAGCACUCAAAUCCGUCACAUCAAGCCUUUCCAGCGUGAACCAGAGAAGGGACCAAAGGCAUGGGCUGCUCUCAAGGGUGUACACACUCCUGCAACAGCGGCGGUAGCUGUGGUGUUGGAACGGCAAAUGGCGACGCUACGAAUUGAGGAAGAUGAACCCGUGGAAGACGGGGUGCAGAAAUUCUUCGACUUGUUGACGCGGCUUGAGGGAGCUGAUUUGAACUACAGUGAGCUCCAAAAGAAGACCAAGUUGCUGGCCUUACUCCCAGAGUCGUGGUCCUCGCUCAUCAUUAACCUCAACCGUGAUCUGCCCCGUCUCUCGCUUGAAGACGUGAAGCGCGCGAUCCUACAAGAGGACUUCCGCCGCCGUGAGUUGGCGAGUGCGGAUGGCGCUGGGGCAGCGAGCAUCGGCCGUGGAUAUGGCCGAGGAAGAGGCAGAGGACGAGGGGGAGGAAGAUCUGGUGGCAGCAACUUCGGCGGAGGCCGCGGAAGUGGCGGAUACGGCAGCGACGACAAGAGCUACGGUCGCGGACGAUUUGACAGCGAGUGUCACUAUUGUGGCAAGAGCGGGCAUAUGUGGCGCGAUUGCUACAAACUACCUGAAGGAUGGACCCCUUCUCAAGGCCAAGAGGGUAGAGGAGCAGGUGGAGGGAGAGGAAGAGGCCGUGGAGGCCGUGGCGGUCGCGGAGGUGGAGCCGCGAACAUGAAGAGCGGAGGUAACGACAAGGACCCGAGCGGCGAUCGGUACCCGGGUCUUUUCUACUUUGUGUCGACGCAAGUACCGGCUGGUCCAGAGAAGGAUGAAGACCUUGAGGAGCCAGCAGCUGUGGGGAAGGUGACCCUACACCCCCUGGACUAUUGGGUGAUUGAUAGUGGAGCUACCUAUAGCAUGACACCUCGCCCCGACUUGCUCACCGAACUCGAGCCGUCACAGGUAAAGCAUGUCACAUCGGCUUUGGGGCAGCGAGCGGAGGUGAAAGGCAUGGGCAAGGCCAUGUUCAAGGGUGCUGAUGGAAAGAUGGCCGGCAUGGACACGAACUCGAAGGGAGCCAAGACCUACACCGCAAGGAUUGGCGACCGGAUUCUUUGGGACCUUCAUGAGGACAGGGAUGUCUACAACGAGAUGUGGCAGAUCCCUGUGGUCCCCAUGCCUAAGGAGAGGCAAGUGGCAGCAAGCGUCAGUGCCAAAGGUGACGCGGUUGGUAGCGGCGAUGGCGCGAACGGCCGCGCUAAGGAGAACGAGCUCAAGAAGAGCAAACCUGGAGGGACCAGCAAGCUGUGUGACCAUAAGGAGAGUGGUGCAGCAGCCAAGGAGCAGCACAAGGGUGAGGAGAACCUCGAGGCAGCAGCGAAGGAGGACAACGGAGAGAGUAUGUGGGGCGCUAUUGCGAGCGCGGCAUUCUCCAAUCCAACUUCGGCUACGGGGGAGUGUGAUUGGCUCACCUUGCAUCGGCGAAUGGGGCAUGUGGCCCUACCCAUCUUGCAGCAGCUAGUUAAGAAUGAGAUGGUUGCUGGCAUACGUGUGAAGGGGGAGCCUGAUGAGGUGCUUGGCUGCCCAACGUGCUUGCAAGCCAAGUUCACCCGAUUUCCGUUCCCUAGUUCGGAGGCAACGGCAAAGGCACCACUUGAUGAGGUGGUGAUGGACGUGGUGGGCCCCCUGAAGCUUGGAGCUGCUGGAGCUGAAUAUUUCCUCACCAUAGUGGAUGUAUACACUCGCAUGACGUGGGUGUAUGUGCUGGCGAAAAAGGGCGACGUGGCUGAAACGUUGAAGACGGAUUGGUUCCCGAUGGUGGAGCGGCAACAAGACCGUCUAGUCAAGUCAAUCCGCACCGAUCGAGGGGGAGAGUUCCUGAGCAAGGAGUUUGGGUUGUGGCUGAAGAAGAAUGGUAUUCGGCACUCCCUCACCAUACCAUGCUCCCCUGCAAUGAACGGCAUCGCCGAGCGAGCGAACCGGACGAUCACGGAGGCGGCACGCGGGUUGCUCAUUGAAGCCGGGCUACCCGACUAUUUCUGGCCUGAUGCGGUGCGGAGCGCGUGUGUGGCCAAGAACAGAGUCUUGACUCAUGUGGGAGCAGACAAAUGGGUGCCCUAUGUGGAGUGGCUUGGAAGGAAGCCAAAGGUGGAUAUGCUUCGGGUGUUCGGGUGCAUGUGCAUGGCACUCGUACCUAAGCAUCUUCGGCACAACAAGCUUGGUGCCAAGGCGGUGUGGGCCGUGCACUUGGGCAUGGCUCAAAACAGCAAGGGGUGGCUUCUUUGGGAUCCAUUCACCAAGAAGUUCAUGGUGAGCAGGGACUGCAAGGAUUGGAACUUCAUGUACAUGGAUUGGAAGUUCAUGGAGAACUUCAUGUACAAGGAUUGGAAGGCGGAGAAUGAGGCGAAGAUAGGCGUGCAGUUUGGGGAGGUGAAGAGUUCCGGCUUGGAGCACGUGGAGCUGCCUUUAUAG